AUGUCAUUUUCAUCCAAACUUCCUGCAUCCUGGAAUGAUAGACCUCCUCCCAGGAAGGUGGAAAUUGACCUAAGUUCCCCUGGUUUAGCGGUGCUUGAAUUGGAAAAACUUUUGUUUACUGGUAAAGCCAUCAUCAGCCAUGCAGAUGAAGUGUGGCCCAGGCUCUACAUUGGUGAUCAGUGCAGUGCACAGAACAGGAACGAUUUAGCUAGGCAUGGAAUUACUCAUAUCUUGAAUGCAGCUCACAGUAAACGUCAUAGGUGUCCUGACUUCUACCAAGAAAUGAUGAUCAUAUAUUUGGGCAUAGAGGCGAAUGACUCCUGUAAUUUUGACAUGAGUGUGAACUUCCAGGCAGCUGCAGACUUUAUCCACACUGCUCUUAGCAGGGGAGGUCAAGUACUGGUGCAUUGUCAUGUAGGAGUUAGCCGUUCUGCCACCCUGGUCCUGGCAUACUUGAUGCUGAAGCAGAGGCUCACCCUCGUGGAGGCUAUAUGUGCUGUGAAAGAGAACAGGGGAGUCAUUCCCAACCGAGGUUUCCUCCGACAACUUAUCUGUCUGGAUAAGCAACUUUUUGGUACACGUAAAUGA